AUGUCCCAGAUUCAGAAAGGCUUGGAUUCAAAGUCCAAUUCAAUUUAUCCCACUAAACCUCCAUCCAGUAAUAAGAACAUAAACUGUCCCGUCAAGCCCAACAAUACAGUCAAGCUGAGGGAGAAGGCGCUUCAUACCUGUGAGGAGAAGGAGGAGCUGCAAAGGAAAGAGAAGGGGAGGGAGGCCAGCCUGGAUAUUGAGCAGAAAGCUGCUCAACACAAAAGAGUUUUGGCUCUGCAGAAGAAGUCUGAGGAAAAACAGCAAGAUCUGCAAAGACUCAACCAAAUCAAGAGCAGCGAGGCCAAAACCGCUGAGCAUGGUUGUUGUAAAAUGGCAUCCAUCUAUGGAUCUCUUGUCAAGGAGGCUAUUGCAUUGCUGGAUAAAUUCAGCGCUGGCAAACAGAGUUUGGAUGACUUCAUAAAAGAUGCUGCUAAAGAUCUGCAGAACAUGGAUGCUCAGCAUAAGAAGUUCAUACUUGAUGUUGUCUCUGGAUGCACUGAGUACAAAAAGUUACUGGACGCAGUUGUCAACGUCUUCUACGGCCAGAAUGGGAGWUGGUUAUCCAGAGGUGACCGGAGCCAGUUUCUCAUUAUCUGUUACCUCACCACAUUCGUCCUCGAUGACAUUGGGCUUCAGUGUUUUAGCAACAUUGUCAAAUCUCUGGACAUCAAGAAGAUGCACACAUUCCUCAACUUCUUCUUCACGCACCUCACCACAUGGAUACAGGAAGAGUGGAAUAAUAUCUACGAUGCAGCCUGUGUGGAGGAACAGUGGAUCGGUCCCCUGCUGAGAUGGCGCCCCGAUAUUGAUAUUCUAAUGGACCAGCUUGCUUUGAAAAUAUCCUGUGGGAGUCAGGUCAAGAAAGCUCCAAUCAAAAUCACRAAGCCCCGGGAGUUCUGUCUCACCAAACCCAAACCUCGACCUCUGCCGAUCCCAAAGCUCAUCCCACAGCAGGAAAAAUACAAACCGGUACCAAACAACACAUACAAGGCUCCAAAGGAGAUGCAGAUCAUAAAGGAGAUAAAACAGGAGAACCAUCAGAAGACUAAGGAACUGCUAAAUGAGGCAAAUGUGAAACAGUUCAGAUGUGGGAAUCCAGAGAAGUCUGAAAAGACCAAG